CUCAUCUCCAGACAAUGUCACUCAGACGUGAUCUGUGAGCCACCAUGAAACUGUUAACAGGCUUCCUGCUCUGUGCUCUGCUCAGCUUCACCCAACAGGCAGUUCCACGUGAUAAGUGUCUGUGUGAGGUGACUUAUGUAGAGCAGACCUUCCCUCAUGACAAACUCAGCACUAUUGAGGACAGUGCAUCUAAAUGCAACAUCAACGUCACUCCUAAGAUGCCUCUGGAGCUGGAGAGUUUGCUGCUGGGUUUAGAUCAACGUCUGCUGCAGCUGAAGGAAGAUGUGUCAGAGCUGGAGAAGGAGGAUGACGGAGAACUUUAUGGAGUUCUCAGCCUGCAGGUCAUAGAGAAUGAGAUGACGGACAUCAAGCAGCUUAUCGAAAGGCUCAGCAGGACCACUGUGGAAAGCCAGCACCUCACUACUAACAUUACAACGCAGCUGAAGGACCUAAAAACUGGGAUGGAAGAGCUGGAAAAAUAUGACACCAUGCACGUAGUGAAGAGCCGACAAGCUAACCAGCAUCUGAGGGCAAGUCUAAGCCAGUGCAGGAAAGGAACUACCAUUGACAUCAGACCCACCCAACCUUACCCACAAGGAAAGUGUCCCUAUGGUCAGUUUCUUAACAUCACUGGACCCAGGGUGUACACAGCAGGAGAAUAUCCUGGAUCGUAUGCAUAUGGAGCCUGGGGUCGGGAUCCGAAACCAGCAGCAGGGAAGGAAAGUUGGUAUUGGCUGGUAAUGCUGACCUCCAGCAACAGAUUCUCCAACUAUGUCCGUCUCUACAAUAGCCUGAGUGCUCUGAUAGUUGGAAAAAGUGGUCCAGGUAACAUUCAGAUUCAUUCUUCUAACCCAGCAACCAACACCAUCCAGGGUCCAAACACUGUCAUGUACAGAGAGGCCUUAUACUACAACUGCUACAAUCAAGAUGCUGUUUGUCGAUUCAACCUCACCACCAAGACUGUUAGCACCUUACAGCUCCCUAAGGGCACCAGGUAUAACUCAAAGGGUAACUUCUGCCACCUUGAUGAAUGCUACCCAUACACUGACCUGGACCUGGCAACAGAUGAGUCUGGCGUUUGGGUGAUCUACACCACUAAACAGGACUUUGGUGAUAUAGUGCUGUCCAAGAUAGAGGAGGGUGACCCGCUGACCCUCGGACAAACCUGGAGGACCUCGGUUUACAAGCAGGCAGUGACCAACACGUUCAUGGUGUGUGGUGUGUUCUACGCGACACGGUAUAUCAGCAAAGACCUUGAGGAGAUCUUCUAUUCCUUUGACACAGCAACAGGAGUAGAGAGAUUCAACAUUGGAAUCUUCAUCCACAAAAUGUCCACCAACAUUUUGUCCCUGAACUACAGCCCUGUUGACAACAUGCUAUAUGCCUAUUCUGACUCCAAAAUGGUCUCCUAUAUGCUUUUGUUUAGGUAAACAAAGCAGGUUAUAUAUUUAAUGAAGUCUUUGCAAAUAGAAAUCAGUUCUAGAGAACAACAUAGGUUUUUGUUUAGAAGGGUUGUAAUUGUUAAACAAUUUGUUACUGCAGAUAAUCUUUUUUUUUAAUGUACACUCCUUGGUAAAAGGCUUCUUUUAGAAAGUAUCAUCAUCAGUGAUUUAACAUUAUACUUGAAUAAUACAACUGAUCCAAUAUCA